AUGGACUCUUGGAACGCAUUUGCAAGCAGAAGUAAUCUAUUUUUCGACUCAUAUGAAAUCUCCAGAUUCGACAGAUUUGAAGAAGGAGCCCUCAUCACUUCUGAUAUAAAUUCUAUGACUGACGGGGUACUUCACAAUCUUCCGAAUGCCACGGAGUCCUUCCCCGAUGCAAGUUAUGGAAGUGAUAUUCUAAAUAUCAUGGAGUGGUUUCUGAGUGAUCCCGAAGCGUGUGGAUCCACAAUGUUCAUUAUAAUGAAACGUUUACCGAAUACACAGGACAUUUCACAAAUGGCAUCUUUACUUCAACAACGUCAUUCUCAUAUCACAGCAAGUUACUGGCUACCGUCAAUCUGGCCGUUGUUCCUCGUGUACUCUGUCAAUGCUAAAGUUUCUGGAACUGAAUCAAUCAGUCUCCCAUCUUUUAAUGCUCCAUUCAAUGGCAAUUACUACUUUGGAAUGACUCUUCAGGACCAUGGGCCACUGGAUACAUUCAGAAUGCUCGAUUUAAAAUGGUAUAACAGCGGAUCUUUAUUUUCCGGUGGUUGUCAGGAGACAUUAGAGCAUCACAUCAAUUGGGGAAAUGAUACUUACAUAGGAAAGGGUUCAUACCAAUUGGAUGCUGUGAACUAUGAAAUGACAUUGGGAUUCGAGUUCUCGGAUAACAAGGAACAAAUUCUUCAGAUCAGAUUCUAUAGUUAUGACUCGAUCGACUACUGGCUUCCAUACGAUAACUGA